CAAAUAUAUCAAAAAAGUUGCUGUUCCAUAAUCCAAAAUGUGAAUAGUGGAUGGCCUCUCCCUUGGAGCCUUGCUGUUUCAUGACUUUUGCUGUGUUGUAAGCUCUGUAGAUGAGAAUUCAGUUGGUAUCAAUACUGCUACUUUAUAUCAAGACAGAAACUUUCCAACUGCAAGUUCUAAAGAAUUUCAAGGAGGGGAUUUUAAAUAUGUGUGUCAUCUAUGUGGAAGUUGUUUUGGACAUCCUGGAUCACUGAAACAACACCAAAUAGUUCACCAAGUGUCAAUGACAUUAAUUGAGGGCUUCUGGGUUUGCAGUGGCCGAAUUAAUGUCAAGGCUUCUUACAUUGAAGCUUAUUGGGGUAGAACAUUAGCUUCUGUUGAGGAGGUUCCCUUUGCUCCAAAAACUUUCAAGACAUCCUUGGUGGUACUGGCUCAGAAAAUAUUCAUCUUGGCUGUUCUUAUUGAUGAGAGUAGAUACUUUCAUCUCAAAGCAACCAAGUUCAUUAUGAUUUUUUCCCCCUGA